UUGGUAAAUUUGCCGGUCAAUUUAAGAUACUGGUAUUUAUUUGACCUAUAACGCCUUACAAGUUCAACAAGAAAAUUCAAACAUCAUUAUUUAAACAGAAAAACUCAACAUGACACGAUGUUCAAAUAAUUGAAUCACAAUUCACAAAUUCUGAAAUUCACAAUCAUAUAUUCAUUUCGAUACAUUGAGUAUACAUUCGAACUAAAAACAAAAGUAGUAAAAGCUAAACUUGUAAAAACAAAAACAAAAAAAAAACCCUUAAAACACAAAGUUGAUAUGCUUGUAUAACAUGUCUAACAAAAUAAACUAGAUAACGUGUAAACGUGAUUAUAGUAUUCACACGCAUAAUCACCUUCAUUCCUCAACCCCUUACACUUAUAAAUACUCCCACCGCUCUUAUUUUUCCGUUCCAACUUUUCUCAUUUUCUCUCUCCUCUUACAAAAUUAAACUCCAAUUUAAACAGUUAAUUAAGCACUCACUAAUAUCAUAUCAUAAUCAUUCCAUUUUUCAUUUUUAUUUCAACUUUCCAACCACAACUUCAUUUACCUUUUAUAAUCAAAUUAUUUAAUCAUUUCUCCUUAUCCAGCCUUAAUUAAUUCCCAAAACCAUAAUAUUAUUUGUGUUACUAUAAAAGUAUAUAGUAUCCCAUUUAUUAUUCCAUUCUCUAAUUGUUUUAUUUCCUCUCAAUUUCAAGACUACAUACAUUCUUUGAAUUUCAUUCAGAAAUCAUGGUUAUGAAUCAGAAAAACAAGCUAAUUAUAAGCUUGAUUCUUGUACUUAUCGCGAUUGUUAACCCGAUAAAUUGUGAUUGUUCUACAAAUGUUAGUAGAAAGAGUUUUCCAAAGAACUUUGUUUUUGGCACUGCAUCUUCUGCCUAUCAGUACGAAGGAGCUGUAAAAGAGGACGGCAGGGGACCCUCUGUCUGGGAUACAUUUGCACACCAAUUUGGCAAAGUCAUUGAUUUUAGUAACGCUGAUGUUGCAAAUGAUCAUUAUCAUAAAUACCUUGAAGAUGUAAAACUUAUGAAGGACAUGGGAGUCGAUGCAUACAGGUUUUCGAUAUCUUGGACUCGGAUAUUUCCAAAUGGAACUGGCCAGAUAAAUCAAGCCGGAGUUGAUCACUACAACAAUCUAAUCAAUGCAUUACUAGCUAAUGGAAUUCAACCAUAUGUGACAAUGUACCAUUGGGACACUCCUCAAGCCUUGGAGGAUGCUUACAAAAGUUGGCUUAGCCCUCAGAUCAUAAAUGAUUUUGGAGUCUACGCGGAGACUCUGUAUCAGAAGUUCGGGGACAGGGUUAAGCGCUGGAUAACACUAAACGAGCCUCAUACAGUUGCAUCUCAAGGCUAUGACAUAGGCAUAUUCGCUCCAGGACGAUGCUCCAUCCUCCUCCACUUGUUUUGCAGGGCAGGGAACUCUGCUACUGAGCCUUAUAUUGUUGCUCAUCACCUGCUUCUUGCUCAUGCUAAUGCAGUCGACAUUUAUAGGAGAAAAUACCAGAGAAAACAACGCGGAUCAAUUGGAGCAGCGUUAGAUGUGAUGUGGUAUGAGCCUGAAACCAACACAACAGAAAAUAUUGAAGCAGCUCAAAGAGCACAAGAUUUUCAGCUUGGCUGGUUUCUUGAUCCAUUGAUGUUUGGAGACUAUCCUGCUUCAAUGAGGCAGCGAGUAGGGGACCGUCUGCCAAAAUUCACUGCAGCAGAGUCAGCUCUUCUCAAAGGGUCUCUAGAUUUUGUUGGCAUAAAUCACUACACUACAUAUUAUGCAAGGGACAACAAGACUAAUAUCAUUGGGCUUCUUCUCAAUGAUGCUCUUGCUGAUUCUGGCACUGUGACUUCGCCAUUUGGUCAUGACGGGAAACCUAUUGGAGAGAGGGCUAAUUCGAUAUGGCUGUACAUUGUACCUCGAGGAAUGAGAGAAUUGAUGAAUUAUAUCAAGAACAAAUAUGGAAAUCCCAUGGUCAUCAUAACUGAAAAUGGGAUGGAUGAUGGUAACAAUAUAUUCAGAUCCUUGAAUGACUCGCUUAAAGACGAGAAAAGAAUUCGAUACUACACAGGCUAUCUUGAAAAUUUGGCUGCAGCUAUCAAGGAAGAUGGGUGUAAUGUGAAAGGAUACUUUGCAUGGUCAUUUCUGGAUAACUGGGAAUGGGCAGCAGGAUAUACUUCUAGAUUUGGUCUUUAUUAUGUGGAUUACCAGAACAAUCAAAAGAGAUAUGCCAAGAAUUCUGUUCAAUGGUUUAAGAACUUCUUAGCUUGUUGAACCAUUCUUUGUAUAUAUUAAUUUGGACUGAAAACUGAAUUUGAAACUGUGAAAUAUUCAAAUGAAAUAUUGAAAAGAAAUAACAAAGGGUGUUUAUGUGACUAUAUAUUCUUCUAAUUGUAUUUGUACUGAUAAAAUCUGAAUCUUACACAUUAUUUUGCA